GAAAUUUCAAUAGAGACCAGAGAGAAGAGAGCAGCUUCCCUUUCACAGCAUCAGCAUCGCACGCUAUCCUAAACCAAACCCCGAAGACUUCGAUAAUCAAAUCGCAUCAAAGACUUCUCACAGAAAACGCAACAGAGAAGAGAAGAGAAGAGAAGAGAGGAAAAGAAAAUUUACAUCACACGUGCCGUCCUCCAUUUCCACGCCGGGAAAUCCUCUGGGCACUACCAUCCUUCUCUUCUUCUUCUUCUUCUUCCUCCGGACACCCUGCUCUGCACUUUCUCGCUCCCACCCAAACCGACCCGACCCGACCCGACCCAACCCUAGAAAGGUCCCCCACCGUCUUCCCUCGCUCGCUUUCUCGCUUUCCGAGCACUGCCCACGAAGGCUUCCUGUCCACUCGAACGACAUCUCUGUUCAAAACUCGCCCUUUUUGUGGACCUCAUGAUCCGCAUCUGAAUUAAAAUCUCAGACCUUUCUCUCAUGGGUCCAUAUCAAAAUCUGUCCUUUUGAGUUUUGACCGUUUUUAGAAAGAAGCGCUCUUACCGCUGUACUUGCGAGAGGACCCACCAGUUAAUUUUUCGCUGAAGUUGCGGGGGGGAUUUUUUUCGCUCGAUGGGGGCGGUGACGUCGGCGAUGGCGGCGAAGUUCGCGUUCUUCCCGCCGACGCCGCCGUCGUACGAGGUGGCGAGGGACGACGUCACGGGGAAGCUGAGGAUGACCGGCGUGAGCGUGAAGGAGAACGUCGACGUCCUGAGCCUGCCCACGAAGAGAGGGAACGAGAUCGUCGCGCUGUACGUGAAGAACCCGGUGGCCGCGUUGACCGUGCUGUACUCGCACGGGAACGCGGCCGAUCUGGGCCAGAUGCACGAGCUGUUCAGCGAGCUCAGUGUGCACUUGCGAGUCAACCUCAUGGGGUAUGACUAUUCGGGAUACGGCCGGUCCACCGGAAAGCCAAGUGAGCAGAACACGUAUCACGACAUUGAAGCAGCGUAUAGAUGCCUUGUAGAGAAGUACGGGGUGAAGGAAGAAGAUGUUAUUUUGUAUGGGCAAUCAGUCGGCAGUGGACCAACUCUUGAUAUGGCCACCCGGUUACCAAGACUGAGGGCUGUAGUCCUCCACAGUCCAAUUCUAUCUGGGCUUAGAGUCAUGUAUCCAGUGAAGAGGACGUAUUGGUUUGACAUUUACAAGAAUAUCGACAAAAUACCAUAUGUCACCUGUCCUGUUCUGGUGAUACAUGGAACAGCAGAUGACGUGGUGGACUGGUCCCAUGGAAAGAAGUUAUGGGAGCUUUGUAAAGAGAAGUACGAACCACUAUGGAUCAAAGGGGGGAAUCACUGUGACCUGGAACUUUACCCACAAUACAUAAGGCAUCUUAAGAAGUUCAUAUCAGCCAUUGAGAAAGCUCCUCAUUUGAGGAAUAAACCUGUUCUAAACGGAGAUCAGCCAGAGAACCCUCGUACUAGCACGGACUUCAGAGAAAAAUCCAGAUCAAGCACAGAUCAACGAGAGAAAUCGAGGCCUAGCACCGAUCAGAGAGAGAGGCCAAGGUUAAGCACAGAUCGAAGGGAAAAAUCAAGAGCCAGCGUUGAAAAGAGAGAAAAGUCACAAAAGAGUGUAGAUUUCCCUGAGAAAGUAAGUAAUGGCACCGAUCAGCCAGAGAAGGGGAGGAACAGCAUUGACCGUUUUGGAGGCAUAAUGAGAUCAAGGUUGUGCAAUAUAGAUUGCUUCAGGCCACCGGCAACAGGCCGAUAUUUCUCUUACCCUAUGGCUGGUUCUCAAAGGAGAACCAAUGUACAUGGAUUGAGGCUCCUCUUGCGUGGUCGAACCAGGCAGUUCUUCAGAUUGAUGAAGUUUCUGUAGUUGUGUUAUGGUUGUAGAUUGUAGUUUAUGUACAGUAGGGUCAUCUUCAACGUUUUUAAGUUCUUUGAAUCUAGUUCAUGUGCUGCUAGGAUGUGCAUGUUUAUGAAGUAUUUUUGUGUUUAGUUAGUUAUAUCUGCGGUUUAAAAACUGCAAAGAAUGUACACAAAAGGAUCUUGGGUAUGUUUAGAUAGGGUCUUUUAAAGAAUGACACAUGCGUAAUACUUCUUAAGCAUAUUUAACAAGGGAA